AUGACUGAAUUGUUUGUUGUCACGUCGGAGUCAGAUGUGAGAUCGGCUGCGGAUUUGGCCAAGGAGAAGUAUGGCAAAGUGGACUUGGCUGUGAACUGUGCUGGGAUAGCUGUGGCUGUGAAAACAUACAACUUUAAAAAGGACCUUCCUCACAGCCUGGAGGGCUUCACUCGUGUUAUCACUGUGAACAUCGCUGGGAAGUUUAAUGUGAUCAGACUGGCUGUAGGGGAGAUGGGCAAGAAUGAGCCUGAUGCAGAUGGACACAGAGGCUGUAUCAUCAACACAGCCAGUGUUGCUGCUUAUGAUGUACAGGUGGGUCAGGCUGCAUACUCUGCCUCUAAAGGUGGGAUUGUGGGUAUGACACUUCCUAUUGAUCGGGACCUUGCACCACUGGGGAUCCGUGUGGUCACCAUCGCCCCAGGUCAGUGUCCCUGA